AUGAAAGUCGUGAGGUGCCAGUGCUCAUCUCUCUCAUCGCAUGUCAUUCUCGAUUUUGUUUUAUUUUUUUUUUAAUGAAUAUUUGUUUUAACUCACUCAGCGUGUCUUUCGAAUACCCUGUGACAAUUCGAAAACAUUUUAACAUUUAAGUGUUUUUAUAUAGUUCGCCUUUCAACUAUCUGAACCCAAAAUCGGUUGGUUGACCCUCGACAUUUUCGAUUUUAGCUAGUUAAGCUAGUCACAAAGAAACCGAAAUAGCGGCACAUCAGAGGGUUUGUGUCACCGUUUUAUCAUUUUUAAACGGACUGUAUGUGCCUAGAGUCGAGCUCACUGAGGCAAAUCUUCGCCUUGGGUGUUGUCAAAAGAAGGACUGAAGUUCGGGAGAAGUAGCUGCUUGGUUUACUGAGGGAAGAGAUGUUGACUAACACCAAAAGUCCGUCGAAGCUUCCGAACCAUCUGCAGAAUCCAGCUCAGUUUAUGCUGGGGAAAGCUUCACUCCAGAUCAAGAAAAAUUGCAUAUCCGACGACUACAAGGUCACUAGUCAGGUCCUGGGGCUGGGCAUCAAUGGAAGAGUUCUGGAGAUCUUCCACAAGAGAAGUGGGGAGAAGUACGCUUUAAAGAUUCUUUACUACUGUCCCAAAGCUAUACGGGAGGUGGAUCUGCACUGGCGAGCAUCCUCUUGUACCCAUAUUGUCAGAAUUGUUGACGUCUAUGAGAACCUCUACCUAAACAGGAAGUGCCUUUUUAUUGUAAUGGAGUGCAUGGAUGGAGGUGAGCUGUUCAGUCGGAUUCAGGACAGAGGGGACCAGGCAUUCACGGAGAGAGAGGCUUCUUAUAUCAUGAAGAGUAUAGGAGAGGCCAUUCAGUAUUUGCAUGCUAUAAACAUUGCACACAGAGAUAUCAAGCCAGAAAACCUGUUAUAUACUUCGGAAAUGCCCAACACCCUUCUCAAACUGACAGACUUUGGGUUUGCAAAGGAGACGACUACACACAACUCUCUGGCCACCCCUUGCUAUACUCCUUAUUAUGUUGCCCCAGAGGUUCUUGGUCCUGAAAAGUAUGACAAGUCCUGUGACAUGUGGUCUUUGGGUGUCAUCAUGUAUAUUCUGCUCUGUGGUUACCCACCUUUCUAUUCUAACCAUGGUCUGGCUAUUUCCCCUGGUAUGAAGAAACGGAUCCGUAUGGGACAGUACGAGUUUCCAAAUCCAGAGUGGUCUGAAGUGUCAGAGGAAGCCAAGCAGCUCAUCAGAACCUUACUGAAAACUGAGCCGACACAGAGGAUGAGCAUCACGGAGUUCAUGAACCACCCUUGGAUCAAUCAAUCAACGGAGGUACCGCAGACCCCCCUACACACUAGCCGUGUUCUGAAAGAAGAGAAAGACACUUGGGAAGAUGUCAAGGAGGAAAUGACUAGUGCCUUGGCAACAAUGAGAGUCGACUACGAACAGAUAAAAAUCAAGAGGAUUGAAGACUCUUCUAAUCCACUGCUGAUGAAGAGGAGAAAGAAAGCCAACAAUAUUGCUCCUGAAAAUGAGAUGCCUGCAUGCUAAGGACAUAUUCACUCAGUCUUUCUGUCACACGUACACACACAUUUAUGCACUCAUACUUUUUUACAUUUAUUUUAAAUCAGUCAACAUUUCUAACUAUUACAUUAAUUUGCCACAAGAAGAAACAGGUUGUACCAUUAUGAUACAAGACUAUACAUUUCAAAUAUGUUAAGCAGCCAAUGUCCACUAAUUUGCUCCCUAAAUUUGCCAUGAGUGCAGUUUUUUUACAUGGUGUUUAAUGUAGAUUAUCAUAAUCUGAUUAUCAAUAAUCAGAAUGGUUAGUUUGUUUCUUUUUCUUUUCUUGUUUCCCCCUUUUUUUAAUCAAAAAGCCAUUGGUACAUGAGUUAAUGAGUUAAACACACAUUGCCACUGUUUGUUUUUAUUGAUUUUUGUAUUAUUAUUAUGUUUCAUUCUCAGUCUGGGAUGACUCGUUCAAAGAGUUGCCCUGUAAUGGAAUGGUUAUUCAGAUUCCUUUGCUCAUGUUCAAACGAUCUAUGCAUAAUGCUAGCUUUCCUUAAGUUCAUGAUCUUUCUUACAUGUCAAAUUCAUUUCUGCACUUGAAUGAUCUCUUUCAUUCCAAAAGACUACUGCAGUUAGUUCUGGUGUCUAGAUAUAUGUAAUAUUUAAAUGACUCUGAAUGUACGCACUCUGUUCUUUAUUGUGAAAAUGUCUGUCAGUGUUGCAUAGGGUCCUGUUAAGUAAAAUACAAGAUGUUUUUGAGCUUUAGAUUCAGUUAGCCUUAUGUCUGUCAUUCAGAUAUAGAGAAAAAGCACAAUGAUCGCUCUGCUUUCAAGAAAAUUUUUCACAUUGGUUUUAGAUUCUACUAUAUCAAGGAAAGCCAAUCCAGUACAUUAUUUCAGCCCUCUACUUAAACAUGCUUAAUGCUUCAUUUAAUGAUUUGCCUUGUAUCAAUUCUGUGCAUAAUUAUUCCCAGCUAGUUUUUCUUGGAUAUUUGGGAAGAAUGUUAACCCAUGCUCUGGUAUUUCAAUUUUUAAAUACCUUCUAAGAAUUGGCAGACAUAUUCUGCUGGUUUAACUCUGCUUUAACCCAUUUGUAUUCUUAUUUUUAUUUGUGUAAUGAAUCGUAUGAAAUGGGAUCUUUGUGAAUGUGAUGACUGCUUUUGUCUGAAUACAUGAAAUGUCCACCAUUUUGGUUGGGGUUGACUGUACUCUUUAUUACUUCAUGUGUCUGUAAUGCAUGCCUAACAUGCAGCGACUGAGUUUAAAUGCAGCUAUUGAGAGCAGCUUAGAGAAACCAGGUGUUUGUUAAAGGAACAGAGAGACAAACCUUGACUUGAGGCUUCACCUUUUGCGAAUGUUAGGGGAUACAGGGAAUCCUACAUCCAGCGAAUUGGUUUUAGCUGCACUGCUGACCUAUGCUGAACAGUUUUAUUUCAUUGUAUUUUUUCUUGUUCUUGAUCCUCUCUUUAAGGAUGUGAUUAUAUGCCCAAAAUGUUAAACUUUGAGUUUCAGUGGUGUGCAGUCUAACUCCCACACAGCGGAUAACACACAAACGUUUUCUGUUGCCUUGCAAAAAUAUUGCAUCUUUUUAGAUCCUCUGGAAACUAAAAGAUUUCUUUCUUUUUGCAUUUUUCUUUGAUAAUGCCACUUUAUAGGAGUUUUUUUCCUCCAUGCCAUCAUUUCAUAAGCAAAGACUACAUUCUGUUUUAGUCUGUUGAAAAGCAGACUAAAACUCUUAACAGAAAUUGAUACUUUCUGAAAGCAAAAAGUGUCCAUUUUUAGUUUUUAACUGCUGUACUUAUA